UAUACUGUAAUUUUAGUUUUUAUUGGUUUCUAUUUUAAAACAAACAAUUUUCUGAAAUUAACAUUUAGCAAAGAUUUUCUAAAUCGGCUUUGAAACCUUUGUAGAUCACUAAUUUCAUGCAUAGAUGUAAUGUGAUUAUUUGAAAAGCAAUAAUAAAUAAUUACGUAUCUUAUAAGUAAUGAGUUCUAAAAGGGGUAAACGUAACAUAGGGAAUAAGCAUUUUCCUAUUGCUGAAUCUGUCAGCAUAGCAUUAAAAAUACAAUUGGAUAAGUUUCUUAGUGAUGAGAAUGAGACCGAACUUAAAUUUCCGUCUUUUCUGUCUGCCCAAGAAAGAGGCUUCAUUCAUGAGACCGUCGCAAAAUUAGGUCUCAAAUCCAAGUCACGCGGGAAAGGUGUCAACCGCUACAUAACAAUAUAUAAAAGAAUUGGUUCAACAAUCAUACAAAAUGAUGCCAAAUUGAUUUUAGACUCUAAUAUGAGAUGUAGUAUCACUGAGUUGUUUAAUGCAUUUCCAAUCACAAGUAAGGAAAAGGAAGAUCUUAGUUGUUGUCCAGAGAAGGAGCGGAGUCCACAAUUAGCUCAUAAAAGUAUGGGACAAUUGAAUAAUGGUGUUGCUCAGGUUCCAAGCACGUCAUAUAAUCCUGAUUUGAUUAAAUUUAGAGAAAAAUUACCAGUUUAUGAACAAAGACAUGAGCUAAUAAAUGCCAUUAACUCUAAUCAGGUGAUAAUAGUUGCGGGAGCAACAGGAUGUGGCAAAACAACGCAACUGCCUCAGCUAGUGUUAGAGCACUGUCAGGAGAUGAAACAGCCAGUCAGGAUUUACUGCACACAGCCCAGACGCAUAUCAGCUGUUUCUGUUGCUGAGCGGGUAGCAUACGAACGUAUGGAGAAGAUAGGACAAUCUAUUGGUUACCAAAUCCGGCUCGAGUCUCGUGUAAGCCCGCGUACAGUGUUGCAUUAUUGCACUAAUGGCGUCUUGCUCAGGACUUUGAUGGCGGGUGAUGAAGCCCUUACUGGGGUGACGCACGUAUUCGUAGACGAGGUUCACGAGCGAGAUAAAUUUAGUGACUUUCUGCUGAUAGCAUUACGAGACGCCUUGCGGACUAAAGAUUUGAAAGUCAUUCUCAUGUCUGCAACUAUGGACACACAGAUAUUCUCCAGGUAUUUUAAUGGAUGUCCAGUGAUAAGUAUACCUGGACGUUUACACGAAGUUCAAAGGCAUUAUUUAGAAGAUAUCUUAAAGUUGACCAAGUACACCAACAAGAAAAUGUCACAACUGGAACGCGAGCUUAGAGGGAAGCUUAAAACUGGACAAAGCUACUGGUCGCAUCUUCAGGGACAAAAGCAAAGUGAUUUAGUAGAAGAGAGUGGAAGUAAAGAGGAAAAAGAGAAUCUGGAUCCAGCAAUGCAAGCUGAUAUGGAUGAGUUUUUAGACGAGUGCUUCAAUGAGGGUAGUUUGGACUCGUUCAGCCAAGUGCUGUACAUGAUUCUAUCGGAAGGUGUAAGCGUAGAUGCGCGUCACUCCGCCUGUGGAAGGACGGCCCUUCACGCUGCCGCUGCAAGGGGUCUGACACAAACUGCGCAUCAGAUAUUGAGGCUCGGUGCUGAUCCAACAUUUAAAGAUAAAAAUGGUAAAACUGCUUAUGACUACGCUGUAGAAGGCGGUCACUCGGAAUGUGCCAAAGGUCUCGUCAGUUUCAACCAAAUCGAGGAACCCAAAUCCAACGAACAAGAAGAGUCGGCAGCGGAUAACUUCCUUUUAGACGUCUACCAUCACUCCUUCUCAGAGGAGCUUAUAGACCACGAUCUUAUGUUGGCGUUAGUCAAACAUAUCCACCUUAACAUGGCGAAAGGGAGUAUACUAAUCUUCCUACCGGGCUACGACGACAUCGUUACUCUGCGAGACAUGAUCCAAACCUGCACAGAAAUGAAUGCUUUAAAAUAUCAAAUAUUCACCUUGCACAGUAACAUGCAGACUUUGGACCAGAAAAAAGUCUUCAAUCCGCUCCCGAAUGCACGGAAAAUUAUUAUUUCAACAAAUAUAGCAGAAACUUCAAUAACGAUAGACGAUGUCGUGUACGUCGUGGACUCGUGUAAAGUCAAAGAAAAGUAUUAUGAAUCCAAUGGAGGUGUCUGUUCCCUACAAUGCGUGUGGACCUCGAGGGCGUGUUGCCAGCAGAGGGCCGGUAGAGCGGGACGGACCAAGCCUGGCCAUUGCUUUCACAUGUGCUCCAAACGACGCUUCAAAACUCUACCUCUCAACUCGGUACCAGAAAUUCUUAGGGUUCCUCUACAGGAGCUUUGCCUCCACACAAAACUGUUAGCGCCUGGAAAUACUCCUAUUGCGGAUUUCCUAUCGAAGGCUUUGGAGCCGCCUUCAUUUUUAGCCGUGAGGAAUGCCGUGACCCUACUCAAGACUGUCGGUGCUCUAACUCCUAUGGAAGAUUUGACAGAAAUCGGCCAGCAUUUAUUAGAUUUGACAGUCGAGCCAAAGUUGGGGAAAAUGUUGCUCUACGCGUGCGUCAUGAAAUGUUUAGACCCGAUAUUGACCAUUGUUUGCAGCUUGUCCAAUAAAGAGCCGUUCCAGAUAUCGAUGAAUCCAGAAAAUAGGAAGAAGGGAAGUUUAGCGAGGAAAGAAUUCGCCGCAGAUAGCUAUUCAGAUCAUAUGGCGUUAUUGAGGGCAUUCCAAGCGUGGCAGUCUGCGAGGGCUAACGGCACUGAAAAGGCGUUUUGUGCCAAAAAUCUCAUAUGCGGGGCUACUAUGGAAAUGAUUGUCGGGUAUCGCUCGCAGUUACUUGCACAGUUAAGAGCUCUCGGUCUUGUUAAAGCGCGAGGUUCGGGUGAUAUUAAGGACGUCAACGUGAACUCUGAAAAGUGGCACGUUGUGAAAGCGGUGCUGGUUAGCGGUCUGUACCCAUCCAUCGCAAGAGUAGAUAGGGAUUCCUGUACGCUGAGAACUUCGAAAGAAGUUAAAGUGGCAUUUCAUCCCAGUUCCACUUUACACAGAGGUGGCGGAGUGAGUGGUUCUCAAAAAUCAGUACAAAAUUUACCAACAGACUGGGUGGUGUUCGAAGAAAUUUCUCGUGUGGGGAGAUUUUGUUUUAUCAGAUGCAACACAUUAGUGACUCCCCUGACGGUCGCUUUGUUUAGUGGGCCUCUAAGACUGCCCUCUGGCGCGCUAACGCAAAGAGCCAAUCCACCAGGAUUGUCGAGCGAUUCAGAUAGUGAGGCAGACGAGAAUAACUCGUCUCCAGAUACAGCAGUCCUGACUUUAGAUGAUUGGAUGGCAUUUACAGCCGACGCAUCGGACGCUAUAAGCGUUUAUUACCUGCGUCAGAAACUAUGUGCGCUUGUGAUUCGUCGAAUGUCCAACCCAGGGAAACCGAUGACGCCACUCGAUGAGCAAAUCUUAAACGCCGUUGUCCACGUCUUGGGAGCUGAAGAGAAAAACGUAGGCUUACACCAACCAGCCGGCAUAGGCCAGCGGCCGAAACCUCUGACUGUCGAAUCGCCGAUGUGGCGUCGGGAGGACGAACAGUUUAACCGGCACGAGCAGAAAUACUACCCGCAAUACCAGAACGACUUUGCGAAUAGUUUCUAUCAGGGCUACGGUUAUAGAAAUGGUCCAAGACCUGGCUGGAGGAAUGAUGGAAUGCCACAAGGAUUUUCAUCUCAGUCGUAUAGUGGGCCAAAGAGUCCCAUUUCUCCAAACGGAAAGACCCUGCUAGCUAAUAUAGAGAAAUACUCUGAAAACGGAGAAAGCAAUUCCAGGUACUUCAUAGUAAAGGCAGACGAUUUGCACAGCGUGGAAAUGGCACAAGCGAGUGGCAGCUACCCCUUUACGCAAAACACUAUCAAGAAACUGCAAAAGGCAAAACAGGAGGGUAGUCGUGUGGUAAUGAUAUUCUCGUGUGCGGGUGCUUCAAAGAUAACAGGUGCAGCAGCCCUUGGAGAGGCAGCCUCACCUUUAGACUGGAUCAGCAAUAACCACAUACCCUUUCAUAUGCUCAGGCAUAUAACAAAUGGUUUAGCUGGCGGUGCCCGUGUGACUGGCGCUCGCGAUGGCACGGAACUGUGCUCGUCAAGCGGACGCGGUCUACUUGCCGCUUUGCAAAGCCGUAGGAGACACAAUCCACCGAGGCCCAUACAGAAACAACCUAACGACCAAUAAAUUAAGCUCUACUCGUCCCGUCUAGUAGUAAAUUUCUAAUAACGCCAUCUAUUAUCAGGGGCUUUCGCCAGGUGUGAUAAUUUCAAACGAUUUGUGUAUGUAAAUGGUCACGUGGCAAAGCGUGAGGUAAUGUUUUUCCCGUGUUCGCGAGAAAUGUUUGUCUCGAGCCUCAGUAAUGUGAAACACAAAAGUUAGAUAGUGUAAUUGUGUAAUAAUGCUACCAAUCGGUGUCUAAUGUAACAUUACUCUAAUGGCUAGUACAAUUAAUUUAGUUUCGUUUGACAACGGAAGAUAAGUUGUAGUAAAGGUACAAUUACAAAAAAGAUCUAACCAAAAGUUUUUUUUUUUGUUUUUUUUAUAGGUAUGUCAUGGCCGAAUCGUCAAAUUGAUUGACGUAUCGCGAACUAGCGUCCGUCCGUCUAAAUAUAUUUUUGACAUACGGAAGUCAAGACUUAGCGCGUUCGAACAAACAAUCUUCCCUAACGGCUUUAAGUGUUUCAUUAUAAGUACCAAGUAAAAAGCAUGUCGAAUAUCUAUCAAAGUUAUUUUCAAUAUUUAAUAUCAUUGCCAUGACGUCUUCUGAGAACCUAACGAUAGUGACGGUUUAUAGAAUUAUCACUAUUUUUCCUAAAAACGCGGGAUUUUUUUUACAUUGUCUGUUCUUAAGUGUCUAUUUCAAAACAGAUUGUGGUGCAUUGAAAACGUUUUGGAGAAAAAAUGUAAUUCUGCUUCGUAUUUAUGUAUACUAUACAAGUCCUAGAUUAUCUAAACGAAUUAGACAUUUUUAAAGAAUUUAUAUAAUACAUAGAAUGUUAACAAUAAAUUGUUCACGUUUAUUGAUGUUCUUUAAAUGGCAGCUGCAUAUUGUAAGCCUAUUGUGUACUUAUGUGUUACUAUGUUAUUUGUUAUGCAUGAAAAUGCUAAUGGUUAAUGAAUGAGUUAAGUUAAUGCAAGUAUUUAAUAAAAUUACCAUUCGUUAAGGGCUUUUUAUCGUAUUCAGAUUCAGAGAAUCUAAAAUGACAUGAUACGCGAUACGAUCUGUCUUUCCGUUUGACCAAUCAUCUAUAAUCACUAUCAAUUCGUCCCUCGCCUUACAUUCUAACAGCCUUUAUCAUACAUUAACCAAAACAUAAGACAGACAAUCUGUUUUUCAUAAGAUGCCUUUUUUUUCAUUAUUCUUUUCACUGCAGAUAAAGAUAUGGAGCCUUUGCUCAAAAUACUUCUUUUAUUGUCUUUUUCGUGAUUGAAUGUCAUUAAAUAUAUUUUAAUUUUGCUGUAUGAAAUGUGAAUUUAUUGUUACAAAUUGCAGUGACUUUUUUAACAUUCACUUUGUACUUUACAAGUCGGUUCGUUUUUUUCAGUUUAAGAUAUUUGCAUUUAUUUAGUAUUUUAUGAUUAAAUGUAUUUUCCUAAAUUUGGAAAAAUGUGUGCAAUAUUGUGUUUUAAUAAAUAUGUCGCACGAAACAUUAAAUAUUGUUAAAAAAUAGUCGACUUGUUUUAGUGAUUUUCUGGUGGUUUUGAGUUUUAACUGAAUUCUUUAAUAAUCCUUCAUACGUCCUGUGUCCGCGUUACACGCACACACUGUUGUUAAUUCUCAGGAAUGUAACAGUGUAAAGCACUUUAAAUAAAAUAUAUGUAUAUAUGUGUGUAAAAGAUUUUUAUUUUCACAGAAUUAGUUCGGGUGAGUUAAAAAAACCGUGAAUUGAGUG